AUGUCUAUGAGGAUUGGGCCAGUGGCUUAUAGAAUUGCCUUACCGCCAUAUCUUUCGAAUUUGCACGACGUGUUUCAUGUGUCUCAGCUUGGGAAGUACAUUCCUGACGCAAGUCAUAUUCUAGAACCGGAACCAAUCCAAGUGAGAGAAGAUCUAACACUUUCAGUGAUUCCAGUGAGAAUUGAUGAUACUAAUAUUAAACGAUUACGAGGAAGGGAAGUAUCAUUGGUAAAAGUAGCUUGGAGACGAGCUGGUAUCGAGGAACAUACCUGGGAACUCGAAUCAGAUAUGCGAAAGGACUAUCCACAUCUAUUUUCAGGUAACUAG